AACAACCUGUUCACCGCUCCCACAUUCCUGCAGCGAUGAUGGCGUCAUGAAGUGUUCCUCAAACAUCACUGACAUUCCCAUACUCACAUCAAACCCUCACCAUCCACAGGACUGAGCUCCAAACUCCUGACUCUUCUUACAGCAGAACCAUCAUGAUGUUGGAAAUCUACCUGGUAAUGACAAUUGCUGCCAGUGCUGUUUCUCAAGAGGCAGAAGAGACUGUAUCAUAUACGCAGUGCACAGAAGGCUAUGAAUAUGAUCCCAUUAAAGAGGUAUGCAAAGAUAUUGAUGAGUGUGCCCUUGUCUCUGAUGCCUGCAAAGGAGGCAUGAAGUGCAUAAAUCACUAUGGCGGCUACCUCUGCCUCCCUCAGAAUGCCCAGAUUUUUGUCACUAAUGGAGAUGAAUCAUCCCAGCCCAUAGACACCAUUCCCCAAACCCCCCUUAACCCGCUGAACCCCACUAACCCACAGACCCCCCAAACUCGCACCCAGUCAAACCAUAGAGGAGUAGCAGCUGGAGCCGCACAGUGCUUGCUGGGUUUUACACUGGAUGAGCAAAACUACUGCCAAGAUGUAGAUGAAUGCUCUAAAGGCCUACACACAUGCAAUGCAGACCAGCUCUGCUAUAACACCAGAGGCUCCUACACCUGUCAGUGUCAUCCUGGAUACCAGAAACAUGGAGAACAGUGUGUGGAUAGAAAUGAGUGUAUGCUAUCACACUACUGCAUGCACAGUUGUGUGAACACUGCUGGCUCUUAUUACUGUGAGUGUAAAGAUGGCUACCAGCUCGCCAGCAACAACCACAGCUGUGUAGAUGUGAAUGAGUGUGAUCUGACUCAGCCGUGCCAACAUCAGUGUUUCAACCUCCUGGGCUCAUAUAUCUGUCAGUGUGAUCGGGGUUAUGAACUUACAUCAGAUACGGUCUCUUGUGUGGACAUAGAUGAGUGCGCAUUCUCCAGCUACAUGUGCCAGUAUGUGUGUAUUAACAGCCCCGGUGGAUAUUCCUGCAUCUGCCCAGAGGGAUAUCAGCUGCAGAGAACAAGAAUGUGUCAAGACAUCAAUGAGUGUGACACAGUCCAUGAGUGCAGGGAAGAUGAGAUGUGCUGGAACUAUUAUGGAGGUCAUCGCUGUUACCCUCAGAACCCGUGUCUGGAGCCUUACGUGCUGACAUCAGAAAAUCGGUGUUCUUGCCAGUCUGCGGGUGCGUGUCGAGGCCUGCCGCAGUCUAUUGUUUACAAAUAUAUGAGCAUUCAUUCAGAGCGCACCGUACCAGCAGAUAUCUUUCAGAUUCAAGCCACAAACAUCUUCCCCAGUGCACACUACACCUUCAGGAUUAAAGCUGGAAAUGAUGGAGGAGAGUUCUUCCUUAGGCGGUUCAGCAGCAUUGGUGCGAUGCUGGUCUUGACAAAGUCCCUGGAGGGCCCUCAGGAGCUGAUCGUUGAUCUGGAGAUGAUCACUCAACACACAGUGAUGAACUAUCGCUCAAGCUCUUUACUAAGGCUCACCAUCAUCGUGGGACCCUACCCCUUCUAACACUACUGCUGCUUCACACAUUUAUACACAUCCAGAGUGCUUGCAUUAAAGUUACACGCAGCAACGGUGAGAUGUUAUGAAUUGCUGACUGUUCUAAUGUGUCUUUGUCUUACAGUCAUAAAAAAAUUAUCUGAAUCUGGGCUCCAGACUGCCACUAAAAUGGUUGCCAAUGUGACAAAAAAAAAAAAACAUUUUAUGUUAGUAAUUUAAAAUCUAAAAACUUUAUUGGUUUUGUCAUAUUUCCUCUUCGUCGGAGUCGCAGGGUAGAUGGUGUAGAGAGGAUAUUUAGUGUGAUGGAUCUCUUUGAUCAACCACUGAAAAGUAUUCAACAACAGAGUAGAAUGGAUGCCUUUGAAUGAAUUUCUUCUGUAUAUGAAGGAUGGGUGAUUGUUUGUCACACACAAGUACAGCACAUUUACCAAAAGCAUAAUCUUAUAAUGAGUUUAUUCACAUUUGCAAGUACUGCUUGCUUUCAGAGUUUGUCAGUCAAAAAACUGGGGACAGUUUAUACUGUAGGUUUGAGAACAAACAUCUCAAAUGGUUAGACAGCCUCAGAGUCAUGAACUGAUGUGGUGGGAAUAACACGACUGGUGCCAUUCUUCAAUAUAAAAUGACACAAUUUUCUAUUACUAAACUAUAACCAUUUCUAAAAAUGACCAGUAAUGUUCUGUAACAGUUUUAUAUCAAAUGUAAAUUGGGAAUCUUUUUAAUCAGAAAUUUUCAACAAAAAGUCAUUUAAACCACAUCACAGGAAAACCCACAGUUGGCACCUUUUUGUUCCAUUGUAAUCUUUUUCUCUCUCUCUCUCUCUCUCUCUCUCUGUUUUUUUUUUUUUUU